AUGAAUACGCCUUAUCACUCAAAUCGCAUGCCGCCUCCUGUCAUUUGCUGUUCCAAAUUGGACCAUUACCACGGCAAGAAGGAUCUGAAAGCUCGUCGGAAGAGGAAGGGAAAAGAUCUGGAUGAGAUCUUCGAUUUCAUUGAGAAACAGGCCGCAGGCAAAAGGCCAAGAGUGGAACCGGAUCCUGACUUGCCGGGCGAGGGCCUGUUUUACUGCAAGGAAUGCGAGUACCUGUUCAGCAAAUAA